AGACAGUGAAAGCAUGACCUGGCCACGCUUCGCCUUUGCCGUGUGGGCCUGCGCCAUGCUCGCAGCUCUCGUCGCCGCCGACGUACCGAGGACGACGCCGGGCUUUGUCUACAAGGGCGGCCUCGCGACGGCGCCCGUCCAGCUCGAGAUCUUCAUCGACCUCCUCUGCCCGUACUCCAAGGCCGCGUAUCCGGCGAUGAAGAAGCUCGAGGCGGCGUUCAAGGGCUCGGACCUGCGCAUCACGUUCCAGGUCCUCCCGCUGCCCUUCCACAAGCACGCGUUCACGGUCGCGCAGUCGGCGGCGACGUUGACGCAUCUGCUUGGCAUCGAGACGUUCCCGCCAUGGCUCGAGACCAUUUACGCCAACCAAGACCGCCUGUACAAUGCGCCGACCAAGGACAUGACCGCCGUUCACGUCGUCGAUCUACUCUUUGAUUGGGCGAGCACCGCCUUUCCUACACUCACAAAGGAAGCGUGGUCGGCGCAGAUGACGGGCCAUGGUGGAAGCGACAUGGACGAGAAGACGCGCCAGCUCUUCCGCUACUCGCUCGCCCACGGCAUCAGCGGCACACCCAUGUUCUACCUCAACGGUGUGCACUACGACGCCGCCGAUAGCUCGUGGAGCUUUGAGCAGUGGCACAAGACGAUCCAGGCGCUUGUCGACGCCAACAAGCCAGCGACGCUGCACGAAUUCGACACGUCGGCCGCCAUGCUCUUGGCGUCGCAGCGCCGACUGCCCUCUCGCCGCGUCUUUUAUGGCGACGUGACCAACGCGAACUGCAACGGCGCGGGCCAAGCCUGUGAGUUCCUCCACCAGCAAUCAAUGUGUUGCUCGGCCGACGAGGUCUGCAUCGUCCAGCACGGCUGCAAGGCCUUCGCGUAAGCGCUACGAGCCAAACUGUAGUUUCACCAUAACAGCCUUGACACCGAUCUCGUCAUCGAUAAAGAAUUAGCCUUCUGUUCGUCGUGGAAGGUUCGUAGUCAUCUGGA